GAUUCAAAAGCCAUAUGAGCGAGCACUCUACAGCACCUGCGCAACCCAAGACUAAAAAAGCGCAUCGAUACCACCGGUACCAUAUCGCCGUAGCGGGCCUCGCCACGGUUUCCUUUGCGCUGGGUACAGCAGCUGGCGCCGCCGUGCUUGCCUGUCUGACAACGUCAUCAACUACUGCAGCGGCGGCGAAUUGUACCGUCAAUGGAACCGCAGCCCCAGCGUUGAAUGGAUCCAUCCUUCCAACUUCGCUGAGACCCGUGAUUCUCAUGGUCGGUGACUCGAUCAUAGAGCAAGCUGCCGGCGUCAGCCUCCACGGCUUUCAAGCGCUGCUCUCCAAGGACUACAUUCACCGAGCAGACGUAAUCAACAGCGGUCGGUCAGCCUGGACAACGCGGAGCUGGCUACCUACGGUCCCGGCACUCGUUCAGGAGUGGGCCGCCCGACCUCCGAGCCUCGUUAUCAUUGGUCUCGGCACCAACGACGCCCGGCUUCCCAACGCCACUAACGACGUCCCCCCCGACGAAUACAAGGCCAACCUCGAAGCGAUGGUGCACCUCUUCCUCGAUGCGUUUCCAGCGACCAAGUUGUUGUUGCUGACGCCCGCCGUGACGGACGACGACAUCUUUGUGGACCGAGCGUACCUCAAUGCACGGGUGGGUGAGUAUGCAAACUACUGUACGCAAGUGGGCCGUCGCUUGGACAUUCCCGUCAUCAAUUUUUGGACCUUGCUUCAAGGCGCGCAGAAAACUGUACUGAGCGACGGCUUGCACCUGAGCUUGGCUGGCAACGAGUUUUACCACAACCAGAUCUUAGCUGCGAUUGCGACUUCGUACCCACAGCUGACGCCAAGGGCACUACCAGGUCGUCCCUAGUAGCCUCGCGCCGUGGCAUUUGUUUCGAGUUCAUUAGGGUACAUACAAAACGUAAUAGUGGCUCGGUAGGCCGCCUAAAGACUUGCACGGCUGUAAUGCGU